GCAAAUGCUGCACUAGUGAAAGAGGAAUUGGAUGAAAUGUGUGGCCGUUUUAAUGACGUGCAGCUGCAAGCGCUGAAGUCGUUGUGGAAUGAUGAUGGAAUACAAGCAGUGUACUCAAGGCGAGGCGAAUAUAAUCUCAAUGACUCCACGAAAUAG